GAUUUUUUACGGACUAAAUUAAAUUGCGUAAGGUUUGGUUUCGAGUGGUUUCGAUUAAAUUUGUUAGCCCUACCAGAGGCUGAAUUCAAUAUUAAAUCAUUAAAUCAUGUAACAUAAUGAGAAUUUUUCAUCAUUAAUUAAAAAAUAUGGCAUGCCAUUGUGCCGUUCAAGCAAAAACGAGAGAGAAAGCCCAAGAUGAGAUUUAGCCCCAAAGGAUAGAAGCAGCCCAAGAAAGAAAAGGAAGUGGGGAAUAUUGUAGCUUUCAAAAUUUUGUUAAAAUUAAAGCAACAGAUUAGUGAGUAAACGGUUGUUUGUGGGUAGACCAUCAGAUCCAAUCCAACCUCGAGGAAUUCCGAGAGAGAAAGAGUUGGAAAAGAUGGAGAAGAUUAACCAUGCGUUUGAGAAGAUGAAAAUGCUGGUGGGAAUGGAGAUGGAAGAUGAGCAACAACAGCCUGCUAUUGAAGACGGAAACUCCUUCUCUUUCAUGGACGACUUCAAUCGCCACUGCACCUUGACCACCAAACAGAGGUUUUAUGGGUUUGCAAUCUGCUUGGUUGCUGGGUUAACGUGUACACUCCUGUCGAUCCUUGUUUUCUUCCAUCCAAUCAAGUUUGGAAUCACAUUUACAUUUGGCAAUUUGCUUUCGCUUGGCAGCACAACAUUCCUCAUUGGCCCAAAAAGGCAGGUGUCAAUGAUGCUUGAUCCUGUUCGUAUAUAUGCAACAGCCAUAUAUCUUGCAAGUAUGAUUAUUGCUCUGUUUAGUGCUUUCUAUGUUCAUAACAAGCUACUUACAUUUUUGGCCAUCAUUUUGGAAUUUGGUGCACUGAUUUGGUAUAGCUUGAGCUACAUCCCUUUUGCAAGGUCCAUGGUUUCAAAGAUCAUGUUAGCGUGUUUUGACACAGAAUUUUAAUCUGAUUACAAGAUUAUCUUGUAUGAAUCUGCUGGUGGACUUUCUUGUGUACACAAAGAGGGAGGGUAAUCCAGAUGUAUCACUCCAUAAAACUGGUGCAUGAGAUGUCUAUGUAGGAACAGCAAGUCUGAGAAACAAAUUUUCCUUGCAAAAUCCCUCCUGCUGCCCUUAAUUUUCUUAGUUAUGACUAGAGAGAGAUGUUGCUUUGAUUAUUGAAAUGAGAAUUUUGAUUUGUUAUCAAUGUAAUUAAGCAAUAUAGUGUGAUGCAGAUUAUAAUCCCUGGUUUAUAAGAGAAGGUAAGACACUCAUCUUAUUUGUUAAUCUAUGACACUGCAAAAUAUCAUAUGGUUUAAACAAGUUGUGCAUUUUGAGAUAUGAUAACCUGGCCAAUUUAAUUCUUCAGCUAACUGAAAAUUGCUAUCAACAGCAAAAGUGCAUUUUGUAAAUUCGGAUUUGAAUUUAAAUUGAGAGAGAUUUUAAAUCCUUGAUCUUUUUUGAAACAAAGGCACGAAAUUCAUCUCUAUGGAACUGGAAGGUACUAACAGCUUGCCACUGUAGUAAUUGGAUUUGCUGCUAAUGAUAUUCUUUAUUGCUCAAAGGGUGCAGACAGGAAGUAAUUCAUGGAAAUUCAAUUAAAAUUUUCCGUUUUAUUAAAGAUUUCUAUGCUACUUACUAGUUUGUUUUAAUCUAUCAUUAAAUAUUUUUUUACUCUUGUACUUGAAAAGAAGAACAGCACAUUUAUCUGUCAAACGUUAACUCUAAUACUAUGCCAAUCGAAUCGAAGGUGAAUAGAUUUGCCUGCAUUUUCUUGAUUCUCACAGAAGAGCCUUUUUUUGUUUUUCCUUGUUAGAAAGAUAUCUUGCGAAAAGCCUUACUCAGAAUUAUAAAUAUAGAAAUCUUCUUUCAUAUAAACACAGACACCAUCUUCAUAUGCACAAAGCAAUUCCAAUGGUCAAAACUUGAACUUCAUAUUUUAAUUCUCAAAAUCCAUGUUUUGAGUUUCUUUAUGCACGAAAAAGAAUUCUCAAAACAUAGAUUUUGCAAAGGAAAAUAAAAAGCUUGAAUUUCGGAUUCUAACUUUCAAAUAGAUGGCUUGAGAUUAUCAAAUUAUAAAAAAAUAAAAUAAAAUUAAAAAAUUCCAAGCCCAACAGAUUUUUUAUGCACCAAAAAUAUCAAAACAAUUUUGUCCUGAUAAUGUGCCUUAAGAAAAAGUAAAAUUGGCUUAAAUAUCUUGUAUUUAUUAAUAAUUUCUUUAGGCUUAAUGGACUCUAGACCAUUGCACACCCAAAAGAUGAAAUAAAAAAAAAAAAAAUUGAAAAAAAAAGAAAAAAAAAAUCUGGAAAAGAGGUGAAAACGAAGUAUUGAGUAAUUUUUUCGAUUGAAUAACUGAAUAAUUUAAGAAGCAGAAUUAGUUAAACAAUAUUUAAAUUCAUAUAUUAAAUGCCAUUUAUAACUUUUUAUUUUAUAUGUUUACUAUCAUUUAAUUAGAAUUUUAUGCCAAUUCUUUAACUGAAUUGAUAUUUUUUUUAUUUGGUAAUACAAAUCUUCACUGAUGAUACAAAACUCAACUUUGCUGGGUAAAAAAAAAAUGAAAAGAAGUACGAAUAAAAUUUUUUUGAUCUAAUGGAUAUCCUAUGCUUCAACUUUGGCAUUCUUUUUUUAUCAAAAAAGAAAAAAUAAAAAUGAAACUUCGGCAGUCUCUAUUAAGCAGAGGUUAUUAAUCGAAUUUCACAUUAGAAUAGGAUGAGAUUUCAAAAUCAUUUCCCAAAUCCUAAACAGUAUAUAAUGAAAUAUAAUCACUUACAAGGCAGAAUGAAGUUCAAUUUUUCAAUAUCAAAUAUGAGAAACCCAGGUAACGUCUCCUUUUUAUUCUAAUUUUUUAAAGAAAAAAAAAACUGAUAUAAUUAUGAAAUAAAAAACGCAUCAUAUCUGAAAUCAAAAGAAAAGUAAAGAAAAGAAAAAAGAGAUUGAGAUCAUCAGAGACUUAAAUACGAGGAAUCAUAGGAUGAAUCCAUCAUGUUGUUGGUCUUUCAGACUCAUCAUUUGAUCCAUUAUUCUCAUCCAACCAAAACAAAAAUUUACCACCUCAGUUUAUUUUUUUUUAAUGGAAACUAUCUUUUUCUUAAAAAAAAAAAAAAAAAGAGAGAGAAGAAAGACAACUUCAGAAGGAAAGAAGGGGCAGAUGAAGGGACAGUAGAAGAGGGAAUGGGAGUGCAUUUUAUAGAUCAACAGCCAACUCCUCCUGCCUCAUCCUUAAACCCUAGAAGUUGCAAAAGGAUACCUUGCGUCCAUUGAUUUGGAUAGCACUAAACGCAGCGUUUUUAGCGAUUGAUGACUAGACCUGCCAUUUUUGACUUAGGCGUCCCAAAACAACUGUCCCCAAUCCAGUCUAGUCAGAUCU